GCUCUCGUCCUGCCGGGGGGAGGGGGCGAGGGUGCGAGGGUCAUUGCCGUCGCAAAGUCCUCAGCUUGGACUAGUGCGCGCCGAGGCGUCACUCUCCUCAGAUGACGACCAGGGUCGCUCGCCUCUCAGCAAACGCCGUGUGUGCUCUCAUCCACCGAAGAACUCCUCCCACCAUAUGCGCUUGCCGUUCCCGCUCUUUGUGCAGAGAGAUAUGGCGAUGCUAUCUCGCACCGCCCUGUACAGACUACUGCUUCAUGCACGAGUGACGACCUGGUCAUGCACGAUACGAACACUGCCGGAAUGUAUUCCCGAGGGUCUGACUGGCCAGUGUCAACCUGUCAGCCACUGUACUUCUCACGAAGAUAUGGUCGUUACCCUCUAAGAGAAUCUCGGCGCCUUCUCGCUACUCUUCCUGCAACAAAUUCAAGCGAAGCGCCUGCUUCCGCGCGCAUUCUCUGCGUUCCAAGAGCACCCAGCCCAGAGCCAAGGGAUGAGGAACAGCCCCAAAUCGUUUCACAUGGUGACCCUAUCCGCGAAAGCAGCGGCUCUGGUGCUUCUGUCGGAGCAGCAAUGAAGCGCAAAAAGUUGCGGGAAUGUCUGGAAGCUGGCACGACGAUAAGGCGAACAACUAAGGCGGCGAACUCACUCAUUCCCCCAAAAGACAGAUUGACUGUUGAAGAGAAGACCAUCUACGAAGGCAAACUUGAUCUUCUGACUCGGUGGAAUGUACUUAUGCUACACUCUGUUGCGAACUAUAAAGACUUACUAUAGCAUGCUUGGGGCGAUCGGGUCGACGUUAACAGCGACGAUUAGCAAUGGGGCCGACAGAAAGUUCUCGGCUAUAAUCGAUUAUUCAAAUCCAGAACUCUCGCUACGGUCAAA